UGAUGAAGGAUUGAUUUAGAGGAGACUGUGUGUGUGUGUGUGUGUGUGUGUGUGUGUGUGUGUGUGUGUGUGUGUGUGUGUGUGUGUGUGUGUGUGUGUGUGUGUGUGUGUGUGUGUGUGUGUGUGUGUGUGUGUGUGUGUGUUUGAGGAUGAAGGUGACAGUCAGCAGCACUCUCUGUGUAAAGGCGCGGGACUCAAAAUGGUUCCUGCAGGAGGACCGGACUUCUCCUGAAUGUCUCUCCUUUCGUCUCUCUGAGCAGCAGCAGACAGAACAGAAGGACACAUUAUGCAGACAGAUGAGCAGAAUAAACCGGAUCUGUGCGCGCAGCCUCGCGGCGCACAUCUCCAUCUAGCAGCGCGCGAUAAUUGAAAUGGCGCAUUGUGCCUGCGGCUGCAGGAGCGGCAGAAUGCAUGACGAUAGACGUCAUUUGGCUCCAGAGCCGGAGGGAUGUUUGAUGUUAAAAUACAGGAGCAGACCGGGAGGAGGAGGGGGGGAGCGCAGUGCGGACAGGAGGACACACUGAAGACUCUGCUGAGGACACAGAAUAAUGCUCACGCCGCUGAUGGAUGUUUGAUUCUCCGGAUAAAUCAUCGCUCAGCUCCCUGGCGGAGGAGCUCUGCAGGCGGGGCAACGAGUAACGAGUCCGGGCGGGAGAAGAGAAGAGAACAAACCGGCCGCGUUAUUGCAUCCUAAUCCUGCCCCCCGGGGGUCUGAAGGGCCCCGGGCCAGACUUCCCUUUCAGCCCUCCUCUUUAUUCUUUCAGAGGAGACACGGACGGGCCUGAUUCGCUAUUACUACACACACACUCACACACUUACUCGUCGGAGGAGACCCAGGCAGCCUGACGCGGACGUGUGCUGAAGAAGAGCCGGUAUCAUCGCACUAAAUCCUCGGGACGCAGCAGACAGACGCCGGUCUCCAUGUCCUCUGUGUCGGUCUCCUCUCAGGAGGGGCGGAGCAUGUCCAGGAUGUCUCUGAGCCGUUCACCUGUGUCCCCCAUGACCGCUCAGGGAAUCCCAUCCCCUGCUCAGCUCACCAAAUCCAACGCCCCAGUCCACAUCGACGUGGGGGGGCACAUGUACACCAGCAGCCUGGCGACGCUCACCAAAUUCCCCGAGUCCAGGAUCAGUCGUCUGUUUAACGGCACUGAGCCCAUCGUGUUGGACAGUCUGAAGCAGCACUACUUCAUCGACAGAGACGGAGACAUCUUCCGCUACAUCCUCAGCUUCCUGCGGACGUGCAAGCUGCUGCUGCCCGAAGACUUCAAGGACUUCCCCCAGCUGUACGAGGAGGCUCGAUACUACCAGCUGAGCCCCAUGUUGCGAGAGCUGGAGCGUUGGCAGGCCGAGCGGGAGGCAGAGCGUGUGUCGCCCUGCGAGUGUCUGGUGGUCCGAGUGACGCCAGACCUGGGCGAAAGAAUCGCUCUGAGCGGAGAGAAAGUCCUCAUCGAGGAGAUCUUCCCCGAGACCGGAGACGUCAUGUGCAACUCUGUGAACGCCGGCUGGAACCAAGACCCCACCCACGUCAUCCGCUUCCCCCUCAACGGGUACUGCAGGCUCAACUCUGUGCAGGUCCUCGAGCGUCUCUUCCAGAAAGGUUUCAGCUUCAAGGCGUCCUGUGGCGGCGGCGUCGACUCGUCUCAGUUCAGCGAGUACGUCCUGUGUCGGGAACUCCAGCACAGUCAGGCCAUCACCAGCACCCCAAUCCGGAUCAAACAGGAACCUCUGGAUUGACCCUGUAAACACCAGUGAGUCACAACAUCUGGAUCCUGCAAACAUCUGCAGCAGCUGGAAGGAACCUGAAAGGAAGCCUUUCAGAAUGCCGCCAAGCGUCAGUUUGGAUCAAUUAUUUCUCCCUUGGAACCUCACGAUGACGACGGCGACCCAAACGGACAGAACACUGCGUGUAAAUAUUUGUGAUAAGAAUCUGGUUUGACACGAGAAGCCUGACAGCUGAACCACGAGGCGAGUCUCUCAGGUAUCAUGACGCUGUCGCUCUGAGCGCGCUCACAUUAAAGACGGCGUUUAAUGACAUCACUUGAAUUCACUGUUCGCAAAUGUUUUUCACUCUAUAGUCCAGGACAGAUAACUCCUUUAGAGUGAGGAUAUAUUGAGUGUGUGAUUUUGGACAGAACCCAGGUGAUAGCUUAGAGUCCGUUGCCAUGGUGACAGAGCGUGAUUACCCUCUGAGCUGUACUCGUGGUUCACACCCCUCAGCUGGAUCUGUGUAACCUGAUGAAUGAAAAGUUCUUUUUUUAUAACAGGGUGAAUUAUUUAAUUCUUUUGAUAUGACUGCCAUUUUAAAAAUGUAUAUUUAAGGUCUUCGUCCGCUUGCUUUGAGUUUAUUUGACUUUUGUACAGCUUGAUGAUAAAAACAGAAACCAAA